AAAUGGGUCUUUUCUAAUUUUCCUGAUUUGGGAAAGAAAGAAAAACAGCUCACUAAACUCGCACCAAACAUCCACAUAGUACUCAUCGACACUCGCAAUCUCCGCCCCCACGCAGCCAUGCAAGCCGUCCACUCUGCCGCUCUCUGCCCCUCCCCUCUGGAACCUCUCCGCAAGCCCAUACCUACCUCCCCAUUAUUUUCGAGUACCAACAAUGCCAAACCCCCGAAUCCCCACACCAAAAAACACCCCUUCAUCAUCUCCGCUUCUUCAGCUCCCAAGCGCGAGACUGAUGCCAAGAAGCGCGUGGUCAUUACGGGCAUGGGCUUGGUUUCCGUUUUCGGAAACGACGUCGAUGCUUACUAUGAGAAACUGCUUGCCGGGGAGAGCGGUAUCAGACCCAUAGACCGUUUUGAUGCAUCGAAAUUUCCCACUCGGUUCGGUGGACAGAUUCGAGGAUUCAAGUCUGAGGGGUACAUUGAUGGGAAGAACGAUCGGAGACUUGAUGAUUGCCUCAGAUACUGCAUUGUUGCAGGAAAAAAAGCCCUCGAAAAUGCCAAUCUAGGUAGCGAAAAUUUGGGGAAGAUUGAUAAAGUGCGAGGUGGUGUUCUGGUUGGCACUGGAAUGGGUGGUCUUACCGUAUUUUCCGAUGGUGUUCAGGCUUUAAUUGAAAAAGGUCACAGGAAAAUCACUCCAUUCUUCAUACCUUAUGCCAUAACAAAUAUGGGAUCUGCUUUGCUUGCAAUUGAUCUUGGUUUGAUGGGACCAAAUUACUCAAUUUCAACUGCUUGUGCUACCUCCAAUUAUUGCUUCUACGCGGCUGCCAAUCACAUCCGUCGAGGCGAGGCUGAUUUGAUGUUAGCCGGUGGAACUGAAGCUGCCAUUAUUCCUAUUGGAUUGGGAGGUUUUGUUGCAUGCAGAGCUUUGUCUCAGAGGAACGAUGAUCCCCAAACAGCUUCUAGGCCUUGGGACAAGGAUCGAGAUGGCUUUGUUAUGGGUGAAGGUGCUGGAGUCUUGGUGAUGGAAAGUUUGGAACAUGCAAUGAAACGAGGUGCGCCAAUAAUUGCAGAGUAUUUGGGAGGUGCAGUGAACUGUGAUGCUUAUCAUAUGACUGAUCCCCGAUCUGAUGGACUUGGUGUGUCUUCAUGCAUCCAGAGUGCCCUUGAGGAUGCUGGUGUCUCACCAGAAGAGGUUAACUACAUUAAUGCCCACGCAACUUCCACAAUAGUGGGUGACUUGGCUGAGGUGAAUGCUGUUAAGAAGGUAUUCAAGAACACUUCACAGAUCAAAAUGAAUGCAACUAAGUCUAUGAUCGGGCACUGCCUUGGUGCUGCUGGUGGUCUGGAAGCUAUUGCAACAGUUAAAGCCAUAACAACAGGCUGGCUGCAUCCCACAAUAAAUCAAUUUAAUCCAGAGCCUUCAGUUGAGUUUGACACGGUUGCAAACCAAAAGCAGCCGCAUGAAGUUAAUGUUGCGAUUUCAAAUUCAUUCGGGUUUGGUGGACACAACUCUGUCGUGGCGUUUUCUGCAUUCAAGCCCUGAUCAUGUUGCUAGCGUUUCCCUUGUGGCCAUAGCAACUUUGCUUGUCGAGCUGUAUCUGGAUUACUGCGGCUGCUUCAUAUUUAUUCUGCAAGUUGCUGGAUUUGUUUGUAUUUUUCUGUAAUAAUUUUGAGUUUACUGCUUAGAUCUGUCGUCAAUUUUCCAUUGGAUAUAUUUGAACUGAUGCUGAUUAGAUCGGGAUCCGGAGAAUGAUUUUGUUAAACUUUGGGGUACAAGUUUUACAUGGUAGUUUAAUAAAAAUGCUAUUUUGGUUUCAUU